AUGAUCGCAAUGAUCGCAAGGGCAGAGGAGCAUACCUGGCAUCACUUCCAUGAGAAGCUGAGAUUCUUGAAUCUGCGCCAGGGAACACACCUCAAGGCCUACACGACGCUUGGUGAGCAUCACGCCCUUUACUGCAGCCCCACGGAGGUGGUCCACUAUGUGCAGCCAGCGAGGGCCGAAGAUGCAGACAAUUUCAAGUGCACGCUCGACAGUUGGACUUUCGAAAGGUUUUGCAAGGAGUUUCCCAACCUCCACGUUGCAUGGUACCCGGACACUGAUGAGAGAGGAGCUGCGAUUGCAGGGACAGCACGCGAACGUCUUGGCGAAGCAAGUUACUGCUUCUUCAGGAACCGUGGUGAGCUCUUUGUCUGUCAGUGCAUCUGCGCUUCUGGUGCGUAUGGCCGCACAGCGUACGGCCGCAUGAUGCAUUUUCGACAGCGCAGGGAGCUGCGCCGCAGCAACGCGGUGAAGGCCACCGUUAAACUGCAGCCUGUCCUCGACCGUACGGUCCCACCAGCUGCACAAGGAGCUCCUAUCCGUGCAGCGACAGCCAGCGUGGCGGCAACAGCUGCUUCCACAGCCACAGCAGCAACGGUCACCACUGACCUUGCUGCAACAGCCGGUGCAGCCGCAUCAGCCUUGGCUCAAGGAGCUGCCUUCCUUGCAGGAGCACUCAGUGUGGCUGUGUCAGAUGCUGUUACCAAUCCAGCUGCCUCAAUGGUUGCCACUGGCCCCCUUCUCACUGCAGCAGCCAGUGUGUCACCUACUUGCUGUCUUGUGGCAGUUGCCACUGCCGUUGGUGUCUGGCUUCAUGACCGAAGCUGCGUCGCUUCUUUAUGCCCGAUCGUCCUUGUCAACAAGAGAGACAGUGCAAUCUCGGUGGAGGUAAAUGCCGAAUGCCUCGCACAUUCUGAAGACUCUCGCACUACCAGGGCAUCGCACCUUGGCUUUCCAAUGGCCCUCGACAUGCCGCCGAACAUGAUUCAGGAAUUCGACCCGCCCUCUGCAGAACAUUUCAUCCUCAAUGUGUCGACGGAGUCGGAGCAUGCCAAAGGCACUGCCAGAUCUGUCGAAGUAGAGCGUGGAGCCGUCAUUCUCAUCGAAGGACAUUCUUCCACGCUUGUCUUGCAUGAAGUCGUGAGUGGUGAAGGGCCCUGCUUUCUUCGUCCAAUGCAGUAA